AUGGCUACUCAAAAACGAUUGAAUGAUGCUGCACGUCUGACACUACCAAAGACCGUGUUUACCCUGAGCAAACUACCAGAGUACAAGCUCCUUGACGCUUGUGCUUAUGAGAAUAUACUAAUUAUGGAUAGUCUAACUAGCGAAGUCGUUCAAGUGAAGCUUGGAUACUUCAUUUACGACUACAAUCAGCCUCCCGCACAGGUUGAUCCACGUCAGAGCAAAAUAGAUGAUUUCUUCUGCAAAAUCCCCAAGACCGAUAAAGCAGACAAUGCCACUGGAAAGGUUGACUCGGCAAGUGAUACGGAAGCCAAGAAGGACGAAGAUAUGUUCCACGUGCACAAGAACGUUUUGUGUAAAACGUCCGCAUUCUUCCAGGCCGCUACAAAGCAGGUAUGGCGGGGCCGACCUCGAAAACCUAUCGAUCUUACCACGGAAAACGGAGAGGAUUUUAAAUGUUAUGUACAAUGGUUAUACAGUGGCAGAAUCGCGAUAAGCUACAACCCAGAUCCUCAGCAAAAUGACACAAACGGUUCAUAUCACCCUUUGGACGAUCUCAUAGACCAGUACCUCUUAGGGGGUAGGAUCAUGGAUCCAACUUACCAGAAUGCUGUCAUGAAGGUUUUCAUAGACUGCAUAACUACGGGACUCCGCUUCGAUCGUGGAACGUACGCGAUUCAGAAAGCGUACAAAGGCACUAUGGCCGGUGAUCCGAUGCGAAAGCUGCUUUUGGAUUUCUGGAUUUGGACAGCGGAUGAUACUUGGGACGUUUCUGAUAUCAUUGAAGAUGCGGGCAAAGAAUUCACCCAGGAGUUGCUGGCUGCUUUGCUGGCGAAGCGCACACAUCCUGGAUGGUUUGGCAAAAAUAGGCACAUGAGGCCAUGGACUGAUCCUCAAACCCAAGGAGCGUAUUACAUCAAAGUUCCUGAUGGCAAGAAGAGCGUUACUGCAUAG